UUGUCUCUGCCCCUGCCACGCCCUGAAUAAAUGCUGUAUUGGCAAAGUAUUAAAAGGUCACCGAGCUGUCCGCUGAGCUUGAGAAGAGCAGGGCUAUAGCGCGAUAGAGAGAGUUGGAAUGAGUGUAAGAGAAGUCAAAGUGUGUCUGUUAGGGGACAUUGGUGUUGGUAAGAGCAGUUUAGUCGGGAGGUUUGUCCACGGCGCAUUCAACCCUAACCUCACCACAACAUUAGGAGCAUCGUUUAUGUCAAAAUCACUCACGGUUGACACCAACACUAUCAAGUUUCAAAUCUGGGACACAGCUGGUCAGGAGAGAUAUCGUUCUCUGCUCCCGAUGUACUACAGAAACGCAGCAGCUGCCAUCAUAGUGUAUGACAUAACAAGUGAAGCGUCCUUUGAGGUCCUCCAAGAAUGGAUCACUGAGCUCAAUCGAUUGGGACCCCCUAACAUCGUGUUGGCCAUCGCCGGGAACAAGUGUGACCUGGAAGAGAAGAGAGAAGUACCAUACACAAGAGGGGAACAGUACGCUGAACAGUGCAAGGCUCUGUUCUGUGAAACCAGCGCACUCAACGCUACCAAUGUGGAGCAACUCUUUGUUAAAAUAAGUCAUACACUGCCGACUGAGUCCCCCGUCCUCCCCGGUGGUCAGUCACUGCUCACAACACAGGUCAAGGAGGAGAAGAAAUCGAGUUGUUGUGCUGGGAACAAUGGUUAGCUAUAGCUUAGGACUCUCGUUCAUUAUGUGAUGUCUAUGUCCCCCUUUUUAUUUCUCAAUUAUUACUAUAGUGUGUAAUAUAAUGGUAAUGUGCAAUAAAUUAAAUAUGAACCUCAUUUUCAACAAAAA